UUUGGACCAGACCUUCAGUCGUUUCGGAGACACUGCCCCGCACACACUUUUCGAAAUUUUCGUCUGUCGAAAUUUGUUAUUUUCCUUUUUUUUUUUUUUGAAUUUUUUUUUUGAGAAGUGUUUUCGAGUUUCGGACCAAAAAUAAUCUCAAAUAACUUCGCGGACAAUGGCGAAUCCCAGGUCGAGCAGCGGUAACAAGUCCAGCAAGAGCAGCAAAGGGCAUCACCAUCGGCACACGCAGCAGAACGCGCAGCAGACCCCGCAGCAGCAGCAGCAGGUGGACGCCUCGCAGCAGUCGCAGGUGACCCCCUCGCCCGUGGCCGCCACUGCACUGGAGUCCCCCACUGCCGUGCCCCUCGCCGCCCACCCCUCGGCGGACACUUUGGCCCUGGCGGCCGCCGUCGCCGCUUCGGUCCCGGGCGCCCCCCUGGCUCAACCCGCUGCCGAUCGCCGCGCCUCAACGCCGCCGGCGGUGGUGACGCCAACCGAGAGCAUUCCGGCGGACGGACCCGAGAACCUGGCCACUUCGCGAACGGCUUCGGCGGCGGCUCCUGCCGCGGAGCACAGACGCGGCUUCUUCCAGAGGUUCUUUGGCUGGAGCUAAUAAUGGCAAUGGAAUGGAUUCCCCUCCUGACUUCCUGAAAAUAUUCUCACUUUGGGCAACGUUUCGAGUCUCCUUCGAGCGAUAAUUAAAUUAUAUUCUACCUAAUCGAGUUAUCUAUAUCUCUACUGCCAAUUAUACAGAUAUUGACCAGCA